CCCUGUCCUUCCAUUGGUGCCUGGGCGGAGCCGCCCCCUCUGCUGGGGCCCCAGGGCGGGAGGGAGCAGAGGCCGGGGCAGAGGGCGAGGGCGGAGGGCGCAGGCGGCGGAGGCCGCAGAAGAUGAGCAGCAGCUGCUCAGGGUUGAGCAGGGUCCUGCUUGCCUUGGCUGUAGCCUUGGUGUCCACUGCCUCCCCCUGUCCCGAGGCCUGGGGCCCCACAGGGGUCCAGUAUGGGCAGGCUGGCAGGUCCAUGACACUGUGUUGCCCUGGAGUGACUGCUGGGGCCCCGGUGUCCUGGUUUCGGGACGGGGAGACGAGACUGCUCCAGGGACCUGACUCUGGGCUAGGGCAUGAACUGGUCUUGGCCCGGGCAGACAGCACUGACGAAGGCACCUACAUCUGCCGGACCCUGGAUGGUGCACUUGGGGGAAUUGUGACCCUACAGCUGGGCUACCCCCCAGCUCGCCCUGUUGUCUCCUGCCAAGCAGCUGACUAUGAGAACUUCUCUUGCACUUGGAGUCCCAGUCAGGUCAGCGGUUUACCCACCCGCUACCUCACCUCCUACAGGAAGAAGACCGUACCAGGAGCUGAUGGCAUGAGGAUGAAUCCAUCCACAGGGCCCUGGCCGUGCCCACAGGAUCCUCCAGGGGCUGCCCGCUGUGUAGUCCAUGGGGCAGAGUUCUGGAGCCAGUACCGAAUAAAUGUGACUGAGGUGAACCCACUGGGGGCCAGCACACGCCUGCUGGAUGUGAGCUUGCAGAGCAUCUUGCGCCCUGACCCACCCCAGGGGCUUCGGGUAGAGUCGGUUCCUGGCUAUCCCCGCCGUCUGCAUGCCAGCUGGACGUACCCUGACUCUUGGCCCCGCCAGCCCCACUUUCUGCUCAAGUUCCGACUGCAGUACCGUCCAGCGCAGCAUCCAGCCUGGUCCACGGUGGAACCAGCUGGAUUGGAGGAAGUGAUCACGGACGCCGUGGCUGGGCUGCCCCACGCUGUACGAGUCAGUGCCCGGGACUUUCUGGACGCUGGCACAUGGAGUGCUUGGAGUCCUGAGGCCUGGGGAACUCCAAGCACCGGGCCUUUGCUGAAGGAGAUGCCAGCUGAGGGACAGCUACAGAAGCCCCUGGAGAAAGAGCCUCAGGCAGACAGUCCCGCUCCCCCCAGGCCCUCCCUCCUGCCGGACCCACGGCCACUUGACCACAGAGACCCCCUGGAGCAGGUAGCAGUGUUGUCAUCUUUGGGAAUCUUCUCUUUCCUGGGACUGGCAGCUGGGGCCCUGGCACUGGGGCUCUGGCUGAGACUGAGACCAGAUGGGAAGGAUGGACCCCAAAAGCCUGGGUUCUUGGCUCCAGUGAUUCCAGUAGACAAGAUUCCAGGAGCCCCAAACCUGUAGAUGACCAGGAGGGCUUCAGCUGAUUCCACCUAUAACUCUGUCUUGCUCGUGUGGAUGGACAGAUAGAAUCCAGGCAGGAUAGUAGAUCCCCACGGAGGCAGGAGGGCGGGGAGUGGUCUCAGCUGGAGAUUCUGUUUGGAACCCAGUUCUGUCAGACUUUGUUCCAGACUUGCCAGCUGAAAGGUGCCUGGACCUCUCAUUUCAUCUCAGAGCUGGAGGUCCACCUGAGGAAUGUGUGUAGAUGUGUGUUCGUGUCCAUGUGUGCCCAUGUGUAUGUCAGGUAGGGAACAUGUUUUCUCUCAAUGUAUGCAUGUAGGUGCCUGGGGAAUAUCUGUGGCUCCAUGGCACUUGGCUUUGCCCCUGGAGGGGUUUGUGAAGAUGUGAAUAAAGAGAACGAGGAGGUUCUUCUGUUUAUUAA